AUGGCCGGUAGAGGCAUCGUGCUGUGGUUUUCCCUUGCUCUAUUAUGGAAUCAGGCGCUGGCCCAGAAAUUCCUCGGGGACAUUAUCAUCGACGUGCAAAAGAUCCCCGGCCCAUCAGAUGCCUGCAGAGCUGCCAUGAUGCGCGGAGUGAACUGUGAUGGCUCGCUGGCCAUGGCGUCGUUUGAGGACAAGCAUUUUAGCCUGGACUCCCUUCGCAAUACCAUCUGCAGCAAAAAAUGUACCGAGUCACUGCACGAGUAUCGCAGACAUGUCUCUGAGAAGUGCGGCAAUAAUACCCUGGUACUAGACGGGGUGACGUACACUUCCACGUUUAUUGCGGACAAGCUGCUGUUCCGCCUCGAAUCUGUAUGCCGUGCGGAGAACAAAAACAACGACAAGUGUGGACACAAUACCAACUUUCUGGACCUGCUGUUCGACCCCCAGCUUUUUGGGUGCGCCAACCUGUGCGGCCUCGAGCAGCUCCAGUUCGAACUGGGCUCUCCGUUCGGAUACACCGAGGAAUUGGCGCGGCAGUUUGCGUCGAUGACCAGCAAGUGCUCCGUGACGGGCUACUCCUACACCACGCCCACGCCGGCGGCACUGAAUGGCACUGCCACCGCCCCCGUCAAAGUCCCCAUCACCAGCCUUUCCCAGCAGCAAACGUCGUCUACCCCGCAGUCCCAACCGACGCAAUCGCGUACUACAAGCCGACCAGAGACUCCAUCCCCCACUCCAUUCACUGGGGGAGCGAUGAGGCCGGCAGCCAUGGCGCCCAUUGUCUCCCUGCCUGUGAUUUUUCUUCUGGGCGUAUUCCUGCUUUGA